AUGAAGGUUUUGAUUACAAGCGCCCUUCUUGGGCUCGUUACCAUCGCAAGUGCUUUGCCCACAAAGGCAGCGCCCAAACAGCUUUUUAUUUAUCACCCUGAACCACUAACAGAUUUGACUAGCAAUGCCGCUCAAGAAUUAUCAACUAAAAAUGCAUUAGGAUUUCGAGGAAGGAUUCAUCUUUUACAAUACUUAUUCAAACCAUUAUUUUCACCUCCAGCAUCUUACAACCCUUCAGGGCCAUAUCCACCAUAUGGACCACCGUCAUUUGGACCUGCAGGGCCAGUGCCCUUCUCCCAGCCCUUAUCACAACAAUCGCCCGAUCAACCUAACCCGCAACAAGCACAAUACCAACCCUGGGGGCAACAGUCCCCUAAUCAAAUACUACCUCAACAUGGCACGUCAUCAUCUUCAUCUCAAUACUGGCAAAAUGUUGAUGGUGAACAACACUUCCACACACACUUCUGGGGAGCGAACGGCCAAAAUGGUCAGGAUGGGGCAGAUGGGCUCAUAGGGGAUAGCGGAAACAAUGGUAAUAAUGGAAACAGCGGAAAUAAUGGAAAUAACGGCAAUAAUGGAAAUAACGGAAACAAUGGGAAUAAUGGAAACAAUGGAAACGAUGGAAAUGAAGGAACUAACGGAAAUAAUGGAAAUAACGGAAAUAACGGUAACAAUGGAAACAAUGGUGACAAUGGAAACAACGGAAAUAAUGGAAACGAUGGAGCUGAUGGAAUCAACGGCAAUAACGGAAACAAUGGAAAUAAUGGAAAUAACGGAGACAAUGGCGACAAUGGUGAAGACGGCAAUGAUGGAAAUGAUGGAAACACGGGAUCCAAUGGAAACAAUGGAAAUAAUGGAAACAAUGGUGAUAAUGGAAAUAACGGAAGUGAUGGAAAUGAUGGAAAUGAGGGUAACAAUGGAAACAAUGGCAAUAACGGAAAUAAUGGUAACAAUGGAAAUGAUGGAGUUUAUGUGCCAGCUUAGGAGCAUGAUGAUUACUAACAUAAAACUAAUUUAUUCAUACUUUUUUUAAAGAUGCGGCUAGUAAAUUCUAGCAAUGUUUUUAUUUAUGCAC